AUGGGACCGUUCCCUGUAUCCUUCCGUUAUGUUUAUAUUUUGCUUGCUGUUGAUUAUGCCUCAAAAUGGGUGGAAGCUAAAGCUACCAGGACUGAUGAUUCUAAAGUUGUUACAGAUUUUAUCAAGUCUAACAUAUUCUCCGGGUUUGGAAUUCCAAGAGCUCUAAUAAGUGAUCGAGGCACUCACUUUUGCAAUCGAAUUGUGGAGACUUUGCUAAGAAAGUACCAUGUGACACACAAGGUGUCAAUUGCCUAUCAUCUGCAAACUAGUGGACAAGCUAAAGUAUCAAAUCGAGUGAUCAAGUCCAUCAUUGAAAAGACGGUCAACCCAAGUGGAAAAGAUUGGAGUUUGCGCUUGGAAGAUGCCUUGUGGGCGUAUAGGAUUGCAUAUAAGAUGCCCAUUGGUAUGCCACCUUAUCGGUUGGUGUUUGGGAAACCAUGCCACCUUCCAGUUGAGUUAGAACACAAGGCUUAUUGGGCUAUCAAGAGUUUCAACAUGAAGAUGGAUGAAAGUGGAGAACACAGGAAGUUGCAACUACAAGAGUUAGAGGAAAUUCGCAAUGAUGGCUAUGAGAGUGCACGGAUUUACAAGGAAAAGACGUAG